AUGGCUAUUGCGCUUUACACUGCUGUCGAAAUCGUAAAGGCAAACCCCCAAAUUACGAUUGUUGGGCUCUGUGGACUAGUUUCCUACCUCAUCGUCCGGUACUACAACAGUCCAUGGCGCAAGCUCCCGCCAGGGCCGCGCGGCCUUCCCAUCAUCGGCAACAUCCUCCAAAUGCACGAAAAGCAGUGGCUCCAGUUCACAGAAUGGAGAAAGACAUACGGUGACCUAAUUUACCUGAAUGCCGCUGGGCAACCGGUCAUCGUGAUCAACUCGCUCAAGAUGGCCAGUGACCUUCUGGAUAGACGUGCUACGAAUUACUCAGAGCGUCCGAGGAACAUCGUCGCAGGAGAGAUCAUCACGGGCGGUCUCUUUCUUACCUUCCAGAACCAUAACGAUCCUAUAUGGAGACGCAUGCGCCGAGCGGGUGGAGAAGCCCUCAACAAAGGUAUCGCUCCAAAAUACGGAUACCUGCAAGCAACGGAGAGCUUGAUCCUGACCGCCGGUCUGCUUGCAAACCCCAAAACUUGGGACGCCCAACUACGUCGCACAGGAGCGUCGACCACGUUGACGAUGGUUUAUGGCCUCGCUCCGACUCUGAACGAGCACGACCCCACUGUAACUGCCAUCGGGGAGAGCGCCAACGUCCAAACAACAGCGGCGAUUCAAGGAGCGCAUUGGGUCGAGUUCUUCCCUUGGAUGAAGUACCUCCCAAGCAGCGUGGCGCCUUGGAAGAGGCGCGCUGAGGAGAGAUUCUCACUCGAUUCUGCCCUGUUCAAGAAACUUUUCGGUGAUGUUCGUCGGCGAUUGGGAAAAGGCCAACAGAACGAAAGUUUUGCUUCAACUCUUAUCAAGGAUGCCGAACGGUUGGGGCUCUCUGAGACCGAGAAUGAGUGGUUGUCGGCCAAUGUCUUCGCUGCAGGGGCCGAUGCCGUCGCCGCUGCUGGCGAUUGGUGGAUUUUCGCCAUGUGCUUGUAUCCGGAAACUCAGCGUCGUGCUCAAGCCGAAAUUGACUCCGUCGUUGGCCGUUCGCGGAUCCCAACGCUAGCAGACAUGGACAGCCUUCCAUAUGUGCGGGCUAUGGCGAAAGAAGUCUUGCGAUGGCGUCCCGUCGACCCUGUUGGAAUUCCACAUUGCGCUGCCGAGGAUGACUGGUAUGAGGGUUACUUCAUCCCGAAAGGAACCGUCAUGAUACCCAAUGUCUGGCUUAUGAACCGUGAUCCCGAAAUUCACGGGCCCGACGCCGAGCACUUCAACCCAGCACGCCACCUCGACAAGGAUGGGAAGCUGACCGUCGUGAUCCCUGAUACCAAAGAAGAAAACCAGCUCAGCUACGGCUUCGGGCGUCGCGUCUGCUUGGGCCGAUACGUCGCCAACAACCACAUCUUCCUGCAAAUCGCUAUUAUCCUCUGGGCACUGAACAUUGAACUCCCAAAAGACGCCAAUGGCAAGCCCAUCCCGCUGGAUGUCGACGAUUGCCGCCUUCAUGGCCUCGCUGUGCGUCCUGUUCCAAUUCAACCCAAAUUCACUCCUCGAUUCCCCGAUGUUAUUGAAACGAUCGAGCAUGAAUUGGAGGCGAGGCAUAUCAAGGUCGAAGAGGCUCGUGCAGUUUAA